CUCAAAGAUACAGACUGAUACAGACCGUUCCAUAUACAUCAUCCAAAACUGCCUAUUUUAGAGAUCACUUCCUGUAGUGUUGAUUAUAUUCCGGCGUGUAAUAACAUUUGGUUUUUGACACUUAAUCUUCAAUAACACAGUACAAAAACGUAUAGACAAGCUUUUAGACUUUAAAAAAAAUAUAAUUUACUAAAAUUGGAAAGUACAGGAACAUUUAAAGUAACGAAAUAAGCAUAACAAGUUUCUGCCAUGUCAAACUUACUUUUAAGACAAUUAAACAACAAAAUUCCUAGAAUAAACAAAAUUUUUGUUACUUCAUUAACACAUCAGAAAAGGCAUUUAAACUUAUUAGAAUUUCAAAGUAAGAAGCUCCUCGAUGAAGCAGGAGUAGCUAUCCAAAAAUUUCGGGUAUUGGACUCAAAAAAUGAUGAGAAAAUUUUAGAAGAUUUCAAUGUAAAGGAGUAUGUUAUCAAGGCACAAAUCUUGGCUGGUGGAAGAGGCAAAGGACAUUUUGAUAAUGGAUUCAAAGGAGGUGUUCACUUGACAACAGACAAAAAUCAGGCGCUAGAAUUGGUCAGUAAAAUGCUGGGACAUAAAUUAAUUACAAACCAAACACCAACUGAAGGAAUUGAAGUAAAGAAAGUCAUGGUUGCUGAUUCCGUCAAUAUUGUUCGUGAGACUUAUUUCUGUAUUGUGCUGGAUCGUGAGCAUAACGGGCCAGUAAUUAUAGCAAGUCCUGAUGGUGGAAUGGAUAUUGAAAAAGUUGCUAAAGAGACACCAGAACGAGUCAAGACUGUAGCCAUAAAUUCAGUUAAAGGAUUAUCACACGAAACAGCAGUUGAAUUAGCUCAAUUCCUUCAGUUUAAGGGUACAUUAGUAGAAAAGGCAGCACAUCAAAUUGAAAGACUUUACGAUUUAUUCUCAAAAGUUGACGCAACUCAAAUUGAAAUUAAUCCAUUGGCAGAGACAGACGACGAGCGUGUUAUUGCAGUCGAUGCCAAAUUAAAUUUUGAUGACAAUGCUCAGUUUAGACAAAAAGCCAUUUUCGAGAUGGAAGAUACGAGUGAGAUUGAUCCAAAAGAGGUGGAAGCAAGCAAAUAUCAACUUAAUUACAUUUCAAUGGAAGGAGGUAAUAUCGGAUGUAUGGUUAAUGGUGCAGGAUUGGCAAUGGCAACAAUGGAUAUUAUUAAGCUUCAUGGUGGUGAACCAGCAAAUUUCUUGGAUGUUGGAGGUGGUGCAAAAGAAGAUCAGGUCCUUAAAGCAUUCCAUAUCAUCACAAGUGAUAAAAGUGUCAAAGCAAUUCUCGUAAAUGUAUUCGGUGGAAUCGUAAAUUGUGCGACAAUAGCCAACGGAAUCAUUAAAGCAUGUCAAUCAAUCAAUCUUACUGUGCCUUUAAUCGUUCGUCUCGAAGGAAAUAAUGUUGAUGCUGCAAAAAAACUUUUAAGUGAGUCCGGUUUGAAUAUUCAAACUGCUGAAGAUUUAGACGCUGCAGCUAAGAAAGCAGUUUCAGCAAUAAAGUAAAUAGAAUAUCAUAAAUAAUGCAAUGUAUGAAAACGGGUAGAAGUAAAUAAAAGUUAUGGAAUAACUAUAACAUUUCAUGGCUUUUUGUUAUGACAUGACGGCGGUGAUUCUUUCUUUUCAUCUUCAAUGUACAGUCAUG